GCAGUGACGCCGCGGCGCGGGCGCGCGGGCGGCAGCAAUGGCGGCGGUGGCGGCGGCAGGAGCGGGAGCGGCGGGAGCAGCCGGGGCGGUGGCGGCCCCGCCGCGGGGCAUCCGCGCCUGGCUGCGGAGCGCCUUCCGCUUCGCCACCGACCGCAACGACUUCCGCAGGAACCUGCUGCUGAACCUGGGGCUGUUUGCCGCCGGGGUCUGGGUGGCCCGGAACCUGACCGACAUCGACCUGAUGGCCCCGCAGCCCGUCCCGUAGCUCCGCAGAACCAGCUCCCCUGACGGUGCUGCCUCCUGUCCCAGGAAGGAGCCGGAGCUGCUGGGAGCAGAGCUCGCCCUCCCACCAGGACUGGAGCUGUGGAGCUGCUCUGACCCCCCUGCAGUUGCUGAGAUCCCACCUUGAGCUGCUCUGGUUCCCUUGGAGCUGCUCUGACCCACCUGGAGCUGCUCUGGUUCCCUUGGAGCUGCUCAGAUCCCACCUGGAGCUGCUCUGGUCCCCCCUGUCCUGCCUGGAGCAGUGACAAGGACAAAAGGUUUAAUGGUGAGAGGAAGAAUUGGUUUCCCAUUCGUUCCUUCGGGAGUUGUUUCCUCGAGGAUGUUCAUGGAAUUUCCUCCUGUACCCCCCACCCCCAGAUGUUUAUUAAAUUUUAUGGAAUAACAACAGAA